UGGGACUUUGUACAAAGCAAGCGUUGGGAAUAAACCGGCUCUGUCUCGGAGCACUGCCCCCUCGCAAGUACUUGUCUGUGUGACACUGGGAAAAUCACUUAGCCUUUCGAGUUUUUAAACAGGAGCAACAAACUUAAUCACUCCCUGAUAUUAAGGUGGAAGUUAAAAAAUAGAUAAUCGAUGUGAAUUUACCGAAGAAUGAGUGACUACGAGUGGUUUUCCGGACUGGAGCACCCAAGUGGCAAUCAGUUCCCCAUUCCAUCCAGGUCCGUCAGCCCGCACUAUCAGAAAUUCUCUUCCUCGGAUUGUAUGUGCUUCCAGCGCUGGGUUGCAUGUCCGUUCAGACCCACUGAGGUCCAGUCUGUACUGGUUUGGCCUGUAUGCGGCCGGGACACUUUCCUGACCGUCUUUGAAAAUUUCCACCAAAACCUCAAAAACCUGCUGACAAAAAUCGUCCUGGAGCACAUAUCUACUUGGAGAACUGAAGCCCAAGCAAACCAGAUCUCUCUGCCACGCCUGGUGGACCUGGACUGGAGAGUGGAUAUCAAAACCUCCUCAGACAGCAUCAGCCGCAUGGCCAUCCCUACCUGCCUGCUCCAGAUGAAGAUUCAAGAAGAUCCUAGUCUGUGUGGAGACAAACCCUGCAUCUCGGCUGUGACCAUGGAACUGAGCAAGGAAACACUGGAUACCAUGUUAGAUGGUCUGGGCCGAAUCCGGGACCAGCUUUCUGCUGUAGCCAGUAAAUAGGCCAACCAGCUGCUGACCCCUGGAGAUGCGGUGCUCACCACACGGGCUGAUGGGCACGCAGCAGGACGGAGACGCCGCUGCUCUUCAGAAAGCACAGUGGAGGGAAGGAAGCCAUGGCAUUCUUUCUCUUCCUCGUUUUGUUUCUUUUCCUAAUGAUGAGCAGAAGCCCCCACCUCUGAGAAGGCCUUAUGUGAAGCUGACGUACUGCGCUGGUUGUGUGAGGGAGCACGUUCUUUAUAUCAGUUUCCUGAGCAGGCUGCUGUGGAAAACUUGGGCCCAAACUGGGGAGCUUACCUCCAGCAUUACCUCGGAGGAGUUCAUUGCCCGCCCUGGAACACAUGGGGUGAUUGGGGGUGAUGCCAGCAGCUCCUCCUCGCCCUUCAGAGAAGCCACACCACAGCACAGUCCCGCAGAGCCUUCCCUGAGCCUGCAGCCCUCCUGGGCCACAGCUCCAAUUCAGAAAACUAAAACAUGAUAUUUGCCACUACUCCUGAGUGAGAAAGUGGAAAGAAUUGGAAAUAAAUAACAGUCUUUUAUUCUGGU